GUUUUAAGAGGGACGAAAAAAAAAAGAAAAAAAUAAAGAGACAAAAGAGGCCCAUAAAUCCAGUCCAUCCCUUCUGCAAGAAUAUCGAACGUGGUAUUUUCACAUAUAAAUAUCGCGUGGACAGCACUCUAUAAAGACAGGAUUAGAGUUGGUUCAUGGGAAAUGGCGGAUUCUACUAGAACAUCAUCAUCAGCCACAACUACAAUUACUGCACUUGAUUAUCUGCUUGAGGCCAUAAAUAUCUGCCCUUUCCCAUUUGCCCCACCGCGUCAUUUUCCCCAUUUUUCUUCAAUUUUUUCCUUCUAGCCAUGCUUAAUCGGGAUCUUAUUGGGUUGAAAAAGAAUCCCUUUUGAUAAAGAUUCAAGCUUUUUUUUUUUAAGUUCAUAGUUUAUUUUAUUAAUUUUCUGUUGUGGGCAACAGAUAAUAUUUUUUAUAUACAUCUUUGAAAUUAAAGAAAUGGCUGUGGCUAUGGCUUCUAUUGGGAGUAAUUUUGGGCUCUGUAGCAGUUUGAAGCCUAUUGAGAAGCAGUCCUAUUCAAAGGCUGCUCCUUUCAUAUGCUCUUUUGGCUUUGAAUCAGUUCAGUUAUCUUGCAUUGCCUCUAGAAAAAGCUUAUCAUCGCCCACGAGUCGAUUCAUACCGAAAGCAUCACCGGCUACUGCCGUGGAGGAUGGGAGUUCUCAGGAGACUGAUGUGGUCCCCACACCCAAAGUUAUAAUCGAUCAGGAUUCAGAUCCAAAUGCCACCAUUGUUGAGAUCACCUUCGGGGAUCGUCUUGGGGCUCUUGUGGACACAAUGAAUGCUUUAAAAAACCUCGGGCUGAAUGUCAUUAAGGCAAAUGUGUAUCUCGAUUCUUCUGGCAAACACAACAAGUUUGCUAUAACUAAAGCUUCAACAGGAAGGAAGGUUGAUGAACCAGAGUUGCUCGAGGCCAUUCGUUUGACAAUUAUCAACAACAUGCUCGAAUAUCAUCCGGAGUCAAGUGCUCAGUUAGCAAUGGGGGCUGCAUUUGGUGUGACACCACCAAGUGAAAAGGUUGAUGUGGAUAUAGCAACACAUAUUCAUGUUUAUGACGAUGGUCCAGAGCAAAGCUUGCUGUCAGUGGAGACAGCCGAUCGUCCAGGUUUACUGGUGGAUCUCGUGAAGAUCAUAACCGACAUAAAUGUUACUGUUAAAUCUGGCGAGUUCGAUACCGAGGGCUUGCUGGCUAAGGCGAAAUUCCAUGUAAGCUACAGGGGUAAAGCCAUCAUCAAACCUCUUCAACAGGUUCUUGCAAACAGUUUGCGAUACUACUUGAGGAGACCGACUACAGAAGAAGCAAGUUUUUAGAUACUUCGAAUGGAUCUUAUAGCAUAUCAGACACCUUUUUUUUUCCCAAUACUGCUGUUGAAAGCAACAAACACACUUUGUGCUAUACUUGAUUUUAAUCACUGUAACAAUAUCUGCAAAAUGGUCAUCUUACCUGCACUAUGGCUAGAAAAGUGUCCUUACUAUUCCUUUUCUUNUU